AUGUCUUCAUGGCCUAAAUAUUCCAUUCAAGAGGUUUAUGAUAAAAUCAAAGGAGAUAAACAGAAGGUGAUUUGGGAUAAAAUGGUGUGGAACAGAUUGAGUGUUCCUAAGCAUAGAUUUAUCAGCUGGAUGGCAGUUCAAUCUAAGCUCCAGACAACAGCAAAACUGGCGCAAGUAGGAAUCAGCACAUCUGAUAGAUGUCUAAUAUGUCAUAAUGGAGCUGAGGACCAUGUCCAUUUAUUCUUCCAAUGUGAAUAUAGUGAGAGAUGUCUAAAUGACCUGAAGAGAUGGUUGGGGAUUACAUCUUCCAGCAGCACAUUACAAGAGCUUAUCAGAUGGCUAAAGAGGACUAAACAGUCCAAAUUUGUGAAACAAGUGUUUUAUGCAGGGCUUGCAGCAUUACUAUAUUAUGUCUGGCAAGCUAGGAACUCUAGCUAUUGGAAUGCACUUAUUCCAAGUGUGGAAGCAACAGGGAAGCAGAUAAGAGCAAUAGUCAAGAUUAGAAUUGGAACAGUUACUACCACAGAAGAUUAG